UCGUCAUCAGACGCCGUAGGGUUGGAAUGCCUCUGUGGGAGAUUCAGAACAACUCGACAAAACAUUUAUUACAACUGGGAUAUGUUUCUUUCAUGUAUAACAAUCACGUCCCGACGCUUCGACAGACUGAGUUGUCUUUCCUUGGACUAGGAGACUAAAUCAGAGAGAGAGACAGAGUGGUGUGAAUGCUGCUAAGUCGAAUUUGCUUUCAACUAUUUAUUGAAGUGUAGAAAUUCAUAUGGACCUGAAGGUUAGAUGGCAGGUAGCGUCCAACAUGAUGUUAUAUCGCUCGUUUGAACCAUGGAGUAGUCCAACGGGCAACGUUAUAACGUGAGUCCUGAAUCUCUGGGUGUUUUGGGCAAGCUAUCCAAGUUUGCUACAUUCUGUGUCGCUAGCUAACAACUUGUGAUUGUGUGCUGCUGGAAGCAAGAAAUGUAAGUGAAAAAUACCUGCGUCUUCUCCACACAAGGCAGAUGAAACACUGAAGAUGAAUCCGCUAAUAACACAAAGAAAUGUAAAGUCUGGGUGCAUCUUCAAUCCCUAAGUUACCAGGAAGGUAGUCUAGUCUUCAGUGCUGGAAGAUAGCCACUGUUAGCCAUAACUAUAGACAAGGGGAGAAGUAAAUGAUCAUUGUAAAUCGCCCACAUGCGCUGGAUCAGUCGUCGGCUUGGGGAAAGGAAUCAGAAGGUGGUGGACGUGUUGAGCGCUGAACCCUUCCUGGCUGGAGGAAGAUGGCGCAGCCCUUCAAUUGGAAGUAGUGGUGAGAGGAGUGAAACUUCCUCGGGGCUCGUUGGAUUUACUAGACAUCUCGACCCUGAUCGGAGGACACAUGCAGGCCAGAAAACGGUAUUUAAUUCUGUUGUCCGCCGGUGCGUGUCUCAUUCUGUUGUUGUACUUCGGAGGGGUUCAAGCCCCGUUAUCCAGAAGCAACAACCGGCGUGAUGACCGCAGCCUCCAUGGAUACCACGGGAGACCUCAGUGGCCCCACUUCUCGGGGUCCCUGCAGCCGUUCAGCCCCUGGGACCAAAUGGAGACCGAGGAGUACAACGUUAACAGAUCGCCACGACAGAAGAGGGAUGUUAUUUCGGGAGUUUAUAAAGGGAAACGUUGCCGGAUGGACUCUUGCUUUGAUUUUUCCUUGUGCAAAACCAACGGAUUUAAAGUCUACGUUUACCCGCAACAGAAAGGAGAGAAGAUGUCGGAGAGUUAUCGGAAUAUUUUAUCUUCCAUUGAGGCUUCCAGGUUCUAUACGUCUGACCCGGGACAGGCUUGUCUGUUCGUCCUGAGUUUGGACACUCUAGACAGGGACAUUCUGUCUCCACAGUAUGUUCACAACCUCAGAACUAAAGUCCAGAACUUGCAUCUGUGGAAUAACGGAAAGAAUCACCUCAUUUUCAACCUCUAUUCGGGAACUUGGCCCGACUACACGGAAGAUCUGGGCUUCGACUUUGGGCAGGCCAUGUUAGCCAAGGCAAGCAUCAGCACAGAGAACUUCAGACCCAAUUUCGAUGUCUCCAUCCCUCUUUUUGGUAAAGAGCACCCCAGGACCGGAGGAGAGAGGGGCUAUUUAAAAUAUAACUCUAUCCCACCGUACAGGAAAUACAUGCUUGUGUUCAAGGGGAAACGAUACCUCACUGGAAUCGGAUCAGACACGAGGAAUGCGUUAUAUCAUGUCCAUAACUCUGAGGAUGUGGUGCUGCUCACCACGUGUAAACACGGGAAAGACUGGCAGAAGCACAAGGAUGCCCGCUGUGACCGCGACAACGCCGAAUAUGACAAACAUGAUUACAGAGAGAUGCUUCACAACUCUACCUUCUGCCUGGUUCCCAGGGGACGACGUCUGGGAUCCUUCCGCUUCCUGGAAGCACUGCAGGCAGCCUGCGUACCUGUGAUACUCAGUAACGGCUGGGAGAUGCCCUUCUCUGAGAUCAUCGGCUGGAACACAGCAGCUGUGAUCGGGGACGAACGACUGCUACUGCAGAUUCCGUCUACGGUCCGUUCCAUUCACCAGGACAACAUCUUGUCUCUCAGACAGCAGACCCAGUUCCUGUGGGAGGCCUACUUCUCUUCUGUAGAGAGGCUAGUACUCACAACACUAGAGAUCAUCCAUGACCGGGUGCUCCAACAUGCAGCCCGUAGUAACCUGAUGUGGAACAGUCUUCCUGGAGGUCUCUACUCCCUGCCUCAGUACUCCUCAUACCUGGGAGACUUCCCUUUCCACUAUGCCAAGCUAGGUAUCAAGCCUCGUCCCAAGUUCACAGCGGUCAUCCAUGCUGUGACUCCCCUGGUCUCCCAGUCUCAGCCCAUCCUGAAGCUACUGGUGGCUGUCGCUAAGUCCCAGUACUGUGUCCAGGUGAUAGUCCUAUGGAACUGUGACAAGCCUCUCCCGGCCAAACACCGCUGGCCAGCCACCUCAGUACCUGUCCUGGUCAUAGAUGGGGAGAGCAAGGUGAUGAGCAGUCGUUUCCUGCCCUAUGACACAAUAUCAACAGACGCUGUUCUGAGUCUGGACGAGGAUACAGUUCUCUCUACUACUGAGGUGGACUUUGCUUUCACGGUGUGGCAGAGUUUCCCAGAGAGGAUUGUGGGAUACCCGGCCAGGAGUCAUUUCUGGGACAGCAACAAGGAGAGGUGGGGUUACACCUCCAAGUGGACCAACGACUACUCUAUGGUCCUGACAGGAGCUGCAAUAUACCACAGAUAUUACCACUACCUGUACACGAGUUACCUGCCGGCUAGUCUGAGGGGCCUGGUGGACCAGCUGUCUAACUGUGAAGACAUCCUGAUGAACUUCCUGGUGUCAGCCGUCACCAAGCUGCCGCCCAUCAAGGUCACCCAGAAGAAACAGUACAAAGAGACUAUGAUGGUACAGACCUCCAGAGCGUCUCGGUGGGCCGACCCAGACCACUUUGCCCAGCGACAGAGCUGCAUGAAUAAGUUUGCCAGCUGGUUUGGCAGCAUGCCCCUGGUGCACUCUAAUAUGCGCCUGGACCCGGUGUUGUUUAAAGACCAGGUGUCCAUACUGAGGAAGAAAUACAAGGACAUAGAGAGACUAUAACCAGCCUGAUCCCCUCUGUCUCCAUACUGAGGAAGAAAUACAAGGACAUAGAGAGACUAGAACCAGCCUGAUCCCCUCUGUCUCCAUGCUGGAGUGGAGAGAGACUAGAACCAGCCUGAUCCCCUCUGUCUCCAUGGUGGAGUGGAGAGGGACAGAGAGAGACUAUAACCAGCCUGAUCCUCUCUGUCUCCAUGGUGGAGUGGAGAGAGACUAGAACCAGCCUGAUCCCCUCUGUCUCCAUGGUGGAGUGGAGAGAGACUAGAACCAGAGAGAAGGGAUGAACAGGGGAAGAAACGAGAGGAGGAGAGGAGGAGAGGACAGGGCUGUGGAGCCAGGACCCCACGGUCGACCCUCCCAGAGUGAAGGGAAGAACAGAGAGGAGGAGAGGACAGGGCUGUGGAGCCAGGACCCCACGGUCGACCCUCCCAGAGUGAAGGGAAGAACAGAGAGGAGGAGAGGACAGGGCUGUGGAGCCAGGACCCCACGGUCGACCCUCCCAGAGUGAAGGGAAGAACAGAGAGGAGGAGAGGACAGGGCUGCGUCUUCCACUCUCCAUCUUUGUACGCUGUUGCUAACGGUGGUAACCGUGACAACCCCGGCUGUAUUUGGUAGGAGCUGUACACAGACAGAAAACUAGUUCAUGGACGUCUGGGGGGGACUUUGUUGUAGAACUUUCUACAUGACUAUGGACAGAGGAGGUCCAUGACUGAGGAAGUCUCCUCAGAGCCAACACAACGCCGUUCUAGUCAAGGAGAGUCCAUGCUGCAGUCCUAACUAUGGUCUACCAGUAAACCGUCUAGCAGUGGGAAAUCUCUCCCACCCUUCUCCAACCUGAUAAAACCCUACAAUGAAAGCCAAGGAGGAGUAAUUCUUUACUUAUAGAAGCUAACCAUCUGUUCUGUUCGGUUCUAAACACUAUGCACAGGUUCAACAGAAUUGCUGCCAGAAUCUGAAAAGUACUAUUUUGCUGUGUUUUUAGUUAGCUUUUAUAGUGAACGAUGAAUGGUCGGCCUUACUGUCUGUACUGUGUCCAGCCUUGGGUGGGUGAGGAGGGUAGGGGGUCUGUGUUUUCCUGCUGUAAAAGGCUAAGGGUACAGAGAUCAACCCACAGAACUGACAGUUCACUGUAUCUCCAGGUAUGACUAACGUUAUGGUUGUUGUGAUCUGGUUGUGAUCUCUCACAAAAAAAUAUCUUUGAGUGUCUGACUGAAGUACAAUGAAUCUUGCCCUUUGCCCUCAUCAUCCUUAUCCCUUAUAGCAAUAUUGAUCCAUCUGCAUUGAAAGGUUUUAACAGUUGAGUUUCAUAUUGAUCCAUCUGCAUUGAAAGGUUUUAACAGUUGAGUUUCAUAUUGAUCCAUCUGCAUUGACAGGUUUUAACAGUUGAGUUUCAUAUUGAUCCAUCUGCAUUGAAAGGUUUUAACAGUUGAGUUUCAUAUUGAUCCAUCUGCAUUGACAGGUUUUAACAGUUCCGUUUCAUGUUGAUCCAUCUGCAUUGAAAGGUUUAACAGUUGAGUUUCAUAUUGAUCCAUCUGCAUUGAAAGGUUUUAACAGUUGAGUUUCAUAUUGAUCCAUCUGCAUUGAAAGGUUUUAACAGUUGAGUUUCAUAUUGAUCCAUCUGCAUUGAAAGGUUUUAACAGUUGAGUUUCAUAUUGAUCCAUCUGCAUUGACAGGUUUUAACAGUUCCGUUUCAUGUUGAUCCAUCUGCAUUGAAAGGUUUAACAGUUGAGUUUCAUAUUGAUCCAUCUGCAUUGAAAGGUUUUAACAGUUGAGUUUCAUGUUGAUCCAUCUGCAUUGACAGGUUUUAACAGUUGAGUUUCAUAUUGAUCCAUCUGCAUUGAAAGGUUUUAACAGUUGAGUUUCAUGUUGAUCCAUCUGCAUUGAAAGGUUUAGCAGUUGAGUUUCCCUUAUUUAUUCCCUGUUCCACGUUCUUCCCCUCACAAUUUAUUCCCUGUUCCACGUUCUUCCCCUCACAAUUUUUUCCCUGUUCCACGUUCUUCCCCUCACAAUUUAUUCCCUGUUCCACGUUCUCCCCCUCACAAUUUAUUCCCUGUUCCACGUUCUCCCCCUCAGAAUUUAUUCCCAGUUCCACGUUCUUCCCCUCACAAUUUAUUCCCUGUUCCACGUUCUUCCCCUCACAAUUUAUUCCCUGUUCCACGUUCUCCCCCUCACAAUUUAUUCCCUUUUCCACGUUCUCCCCCUCACAAUUUAUUCCCUUUUCCACAUUCUUCCCCUCACAAUUUAUUCCCUGUUCCACGUUCUUUCCCUCACAAUUAAUUCCGUUUCACGUUCUUCCCCUCACAAUUUAUUCCCUGUUCCACGUUCUUCCCCUCACAAUUUAUUCCCUGUUCCACGUUCUUCCCCUCACAAUUUAUUCCCUGUUCCACGUUCUUCCCCUCACAAUUUAUUCCCUGUUCCACGUUCUUCCCCUCACAAUUUAUUCCCUUUUCCACAUUCUUCGCCUCACAAUUUAUUCCCUUUUCCACGUUCUCCCCCUCACAAUUUAUUCCCUUUUCCACGUUCUUCCCCUCACAAUGUAUUCCCUGUUCCACGUUCUUUCCCUCACAAUUUAUUCCGUUUCACGUUCUUCCCCUCACAAUUUAUUCCCUGUUCCACGUUCUUCCCCUUAAAUUUAUUCCCUGUUCCACGUUCUUCCACUCACAAUUUAUUCCCUGUUCCACGUUCUCCCCCCUCACAAUUUAUUCCCUGUUCCACGUUCUUCCACUCACAAGACCCGGUGAACCACUAUGAUAACAAUAUAUACUAUCUAACACACCCUUUUAUGCAUAGACACAUACAUUUUACUUCUGGGUGGUCCCAGGAAUCGAACCCACUAUCAAAACUAACACCCAUAUCACCUGUUUUGACCAAUAAAGGCUCUUCUUUGACCAUC